UCCCCUCCAAAACUCCCACCUCAAUCUCUCUCUUUGCUUCUUUCCCCUACUUGACGCCCAUCUCUCUCUCCCUCUUUCUCUCUCUCUCGCAAAGAAUCAAACACCUCCUCCAUUCUCUUGGAUUCCCAUUCCCAUCCAUAACCCCAUCCACAUGGCUUCCGUUACCAGUAAAGAAGAAGAAGAAGAAACCCAAAUCUUGGACCUGAAUUCCCCUUCACCAGUGUUGGAAGCUCCAGGUUGCGUCCUUGAAAAUGUUCAUCGGGUAAUCGAUACCCGGUCCAGGAAUCAAGCCUUUGGUUCUGAUGGCCAUGAUCGAGAUGAGGGAAUGCAGAGAACUGAGGCGGCGAGUGUUGUCGAUGCUUGUCGAGGGGAAAGAAAGGAGGGAAAGUGUUGCUCUAUUUGGUGCUCGAGUGAUCAGGGGAACAAGGUUUACGUCACGGACUCGGAAGCCUCAUCUGAUGAAGAGGAUGGCGCAGGAUCUAUAAGAAGAAAAGGCCUUACUUAUGUUCAUGUAGAAUCAAUACAGUCUACCGGUCUUGUUCCUAAACAUAGUAUGAUGCCAGAGGAAUGUGACACUAAUCCAAAAUUUUCUCUGUGCAAUGGUGAUUCCAACAAGCAUCAAAAAAAUGCAAUUGCAAAGCCUGUUGCUGAGGUGAUCAGGAUGGAUAUGAAUCCAAAUACUAUAAGAGAUACGUCUCCUGCUGCCACCAAAGUAGGUAAAUUUGUCCUGGAUCACAAGGAUGACUUGCAUAAUCAUUUACAGGGUUACUGUAGUUCUGAACCCAUUGACAAACUAAAUCAUCCAAGAGUGAAUGAAGAAAUGAAUGCAUUGGCACUGGCUGGAAAGGAGCAAAGCAUGAAUACAACCCAAAGCAUUUUCGGAGAACUGAACCUUUCUCAUUCACUCAUCAACAAUCGUGCUGCUGCAGGAUUGGCCUAUAUUGGGUCUCAAGAACCAGGUGAGUUGUCCCAAGCCAAUGCUAUGGAUGUUGUGGAUAAGUUACUUUCAGCCUAUAAUGUCGGAUCAUCUCAACAUAUUGACACUGGGAGAACCCAAGGGGCAAGCUCAUUUCACAUCUUAGUUGCAAGUGGAGCCCAAUGCUUGGCUAAAAGGGCUGAUCAUAGUUGGUCAGUUAGAAGGGCUGGAAUUUUUGACUGGGAUGACAGUCUUGAAGAUGAAAGACAAGAUGGUUUCCUUAGUAAUAGAAAUGAUUGCUUCUGUUCAAAUCGAGCGAAUGUGUGUGAAUCCCCUAGUGUAUCCUUAAAGCCUAUAUAUCUCAACUCCAAAAUUAUUGGAGGUGCACAUGAUAUGAGUGGGCAGAGGGAAUGUGGAAACUGCAAAAUGCAUUCAAACAGAACCAGUUUAACGUGUCCAGAUCGAUGCUUAGUACCAGAAAAUCCAGUAAGAAGCAAAAAAUUACAUGAAUCUAUGACAAAAACAAAGAAUCUUUUCAAGGAUGCAGAUGAAUGGUCUAACUCAAAAUCUCUAGUGCUGCAAUCGGAGGCAGUUGAUGUAGUUGAAUGCGUAGAAGAUGUGUAUGAUGUGGGCCCUAAUACUCAAAUGGCUGCUGAAGCUAUGGAGGCCUUAUUUUGUGGUGCUCCCGUUAAUCAUGGUUUGGAAGAUGCAAGUCCUGUAGGUGGAAUUUUGACUACAGAUUCCAGAAGAGGUGUGAUAGUGGAGAAGGCUUCAGCAAUGAAUAUUUCACUCCAAAAGAUCGUUUCCUCUAGUCUUAAGUCAGAAGGCAUUCAAAUGCAAUAUAAAGGAAGAAAGGCACGCAAGACUAUAUCUAACAGGGUAAACUUAAGUUCUAGGAAAUGCUCUAGUAAAUCAACAAUGAAGAGGAAAUUAGAGCGCACAGCAGAAAAAACAGAAGUGGAUAAGGAAAACAGGGAUCUGAAAGAACGCUCACAUGCUGUAGCCUCUGCCAAUCCGAAUGAAUAUUCAGAAUCAUUCAAGCAACAGAAGGCAUCAGAAAUAGUGAAUGGAACCUUCGUCAAAGAGGUUGACAAAUAUUGCAAGUCAUGGACAUCUACAGGAAAGCUUUCAGACAGCAUUAUAGGGAAGCACUCCUUAAGCCAUAUGCCUGUUUUGCAUCAAACUAAGCGGAGGGAAACUAAGGCUACCAAUGAUGUAAGCUUUCCUGAGGCUCAAAUGAAAGAAAAUAUCCAUUUUGUAGAUGCAUCUGGACUGCUGAUGCCCACCAAGAACAAUCGUACUAAAGUUUCAGGCAGAAAUACUACACUUGAAAGGAAGUUUGCAAGUCAUCCUGAUGUGCUGGAUAAAAAAGGGAAAAAUAAGGAAGAGCUUAUAAUCAGUGCAUGGAAAAGAGAAGCUUUGAGCCACCGAAGAUGGAGGACAAUGCAUCCAAUUACUUCAGGCAAUUCAGAUAAUAAUGGCAACUUGAGCAACCGAUUGCUCUCAAAUGAUGUUAAGACAACAGCUAAUUUGCAACGCACAAAGCAAGGAAGGAUCAAAGAUAUCGUAAGAAGUCUUCCCGAAAUCCUAGAUGCAGCAAAGAGGGGAAAAAGAACAGUUUUUACACGGUUACCUUCCCGAAGUGGUCAAAUCCCAUCUAAUCCUCCAAAGUUGUCACCAAUGUCUUCUCUGCAAAAAGGGGCAUCAGUAAAUUUUGCUGCAUGUAGACCUGAUUUAGGAAAGGAUUCCAAGAAAUGUUCGACCAAUAAUUGUUCCACUGUUGUGAUGAAGCACAGAGUACCUCUUAAAGAAGUGGCAGUACCCAAGUUGAACCCAGAAUCUGUAUCUAAUUUCAAGGAUAUUGAAGGGAGAUCUCUUAACAUUCAACACUCUGAUGUAGCAUGUAAUGCACCAUUAAAAGAAAUAAAUACAGGGGUGCCUUUCUGCAUGGCUUAUGACGCUCUGAGAAGACCAUGCAAGAACAGCAUUUCAAAAUCAUCUAGUGCUAGAGAGCUCAUCAGGCUAGAAGCUACUGAACCAGCAUCCACCUGGAUAUUGAAAGAUUCACGAAAAAGAAAGGACAUGGCCAGUGUUCAUGUUCUGUUCAGCCAAAAUUUGGAUGAAGAUAUAAUCAAGCAGCAAAAAAAAAUCAUGAUGCGCUUUAGAAUUCCAGUUGCAUCAUCAAUUUCAGAUGCAACACACUUUGUCACAGAUAAGUUUGCACGAACAAGGAAUAUGUUAGAAGCAAUGGCUAUGGGUAAACCGAUAGUGACAAAUGCAUGGCUUGAAAGCUGUGGACAGGCUAGCUGCUAUAUUGAUGAAAAAAAUUACAUACUGAGGGAUCUAAAGAAGGAAAAGGAGAUUGGCUUCAGCAUGCCUGUUUCAUUGAAUCGUGCACGCCACUGUCCGCUGUUGCAGGGUAUGGGUGUGUUAAUCACGCCAAAGGUAAAACCUGAUCGAGCGCUAAUAGCUAGUUUGGUCAAGGCAGCACAUGGUCAGCCAUUGGAACAAAUUGGAAGUCAUGAAAUGAAGGAGAACAAAGUACCAGAUGACCUUAUUAUUAUUUCAUGCGAAGAAGAUUAUGAAAUUUGCAUUCCCUUCCUUGAAAAAGGAGGAGAUGUUUUCAGUUCAGAACUUCUACUGAGUGGUAUUGUUAUUCAGAAAUUGGAGUUUGAAAGACAUCGCCUUUUUCUGGAUCAUGCUAAGUGAACCUUAUUAACAGUAUGGUUAAAAAGCAAGAUGAGAUUGUUACCAAGAAAAAAACAAGAUGAGAUAAUCACAUCCUCACUUUCUUCCUGCAAUGAAAUGCAUGUAGCUUUUGUAAUGCCCUUCGAAUUUCUCCAUACCUUUCGAUUGCCAAUAGACAUGAUCUGCAGAUGUGUUUACGCAAAUGAGUAGUUAUCUCUUGGUUUCCUCUACUCCCUGAUGAUGUCAUGUGGUGAUUAAGUUACUAUCUCCCCUCUCCCCCAUAGGUUUAUUAUAUUAGCAUCAAUCUGGUAUGUAAUUCCAUCAGGUGCCGGGUGGUUCUCAUUACAGUUGGUUAGAAGUUACAAGGGCAGCUCAUUUCCAAAUCUAAAUAAAUCCCUUCAACCAAGAUGCAGAUCAGGGAAAGGUCAUCUAUGAUUGGUUUGCUAAAUGGUGGUUAACGAAUUUUUUUUUGAUCGGUACCAUUGGCACCCCCCUA